AUGGAAUAUUUUAAUGUUAAAAAACUGACAUUCUUUUCUAGAAAACUCACAUUAAUCACUCUUUUGUUAUGUUUAUUUUUGAUUCCAAUUGUUAGAGCUCCACCACCUCCACUCUCUCCUUCAGCUAUUUCCACUUCCUCAACUGUUCUCACUUUUUCCACUAUUUCCUCUUCUCGUACCCUAAUUUCAUCCACUAUUUUCUCUUCAUCCCCUAUUUCCUCUUCUCAUACUCUAAUUUCCCCUUCACCUCUUUCACCACCUUUAUUCAAUGAAAAUGUUGAUUCAUCUUCUGCCACUAAUAUUGAUGAAUCAUAUCAUAUUUUAUAUCUUAUUGAUGUGUUCUUAUUAGUAUUGGACAUUUUCAUUUUCAGUCAUUUAGAGUCUUUAUAUGAAAAGAGAAAAGCUGCUGAGUCUGAUUUUAUAAUUAUAUUAAAUUUUUUAAGUAUAAUUCUCAGUACACUUGGAAUGAUUAUUGGAUGUGAUAUAACAACAAAGUCAAUUCUACAAGGAUUAACAACUAUGAUUUUUUGGCUUUAUCCAGUAAUAUCAGUAUAUUAUGAUUUAGAAUUUUGGGAUUAUAAACCAACCAAGAUUGAAUUUAAAAAGGACAUAAUAAUUUCUACAGCUUUUAUAAAUUUUUUAAAUGCAGUUCGCUUGUAUAAUAAUUCAAAAGAUUACAAUUCUUUUAAUAUUGAAAUUUUUAAAAUAAUUAUGAUUUUGAUCAGUAAUUAUGAUGAGUUUCUAAAACCAAUACUAUUAAUCAUUCCAUCAACUGUUCAAGGUGUGAUCCUAUAUCCUAAAUAUGAUAAUAUCAUUGUAUUGAUUACUAUUUGUUUAUCUUUUGCAACAUUACUCAUGUUUCUGCAUCGAAAAGUUCAGAUGUCUCAGGCUUGGGAACCUCAAAUAUCUCCAAAACUUAAUGAAUUUCCAAAACUUUUUUUUGUGGAGUUAGAGACAAUUUUUCUUAAAUUUUGUUUAUUUAGUGUAUGUUUUAUAGGAGCAAUAGUAUAUGUUAUAUUAUGUAUUUUAAUUUAUUUGUUUUUCUUUGGAUAUGUGCAAAUGCCAAUACAAAUAUCCUUCAUUAUGUUUGGGAGUCUUCCUGAUAUUUAUCAUGGAAUUAUUCUCUGUGCUGGACCUUAUUUAAAAUUUUUAGCAAAUUCAGGAAAUUAUUUAAUAAUGAAUCUUGGCAUCUAG